AUGGCCACCGGAAAUUCUCGCCUGGCACUAGUCGCCGCUGCUAAGGAAAGUAGCGACUUUAGCAGCAAUUUUUGGAGAAAUUUAAGUUUGGAAUUUCGGUCAAUGAGAGAUUGCUCGAGAGUUAGGUAUAGAAGCGUGUCGAUGAGGAGAAAGGCACGUUUGGAUCGUCGUGUGAUAGGAUUGCGAAAUCCCGUUGAGAGAAAGGUGAGAAUUCUGAAGAAAUUGGUGCCAAAUUGUGAGUCAAGCGAUAUUGGAGUUGAAGAGCUGUUUAGAGAGACGGCAGAUUAUAUUAUGGCUUUAGAGAUGAGAGUUAAGGUCAUGCAGAUUAUGGUCAAUGUAAUAACAGGUGCUGGUGAUGAGUGA